CUCUGAAAAUGACAGAGGAGUAAACUAUUCUUGAACCGUUAACAACUAUUUAAAUAACAAAACAAUGCAACUUAAACAAGUUUUUGUCAUAGCAUGCAUCCUUAUUAUCAACGCAGUUUGCAGCGAUGCUAACAAUGCUGGUGGUGCUGCUGCAGCAUAUGGAGGUGGUGCCGCUGGAUCCUAUGGUGGUGGUGCAGCUGGUGCAUAUGGAGGGGGCGCUGCUGGUGCAUAUGGAGGCGCUACUGCUUCAGGUUCGUCACAGCUUGGUGUUGGAAUUGGAGCAGGUUCUGGAGCGGGCUUGGGAACAGGCGUUGGUCGUUAAGAGAAUUAAAAUAUGAUUAUAAUUUUAUAUUAUUCUUAUAAAACUUACAUCCUGUACAAGAUAUGAUUGAAUGUACACUAAGCGGUUUAAUAAAACAUUUUCACUGAA